AUGAUUGCGACGACAAACUCAACAGAGGGUGGAACACAGACGGACACAUAUCAAGUAUCGCCGUGUUCCCCCUCCUUGUUAGUUGGGUUACAACCACAAUUGAUUUCUUUCUCAGCAGUUAACAUUCUCCUCUCCAUCACAGCAUUUCUUGGGAAUUUUCUAAUCCUUGUUGCCCUUAACAAAGAAACUUCCCUUCAUCCACCGUCCAAACUCUUGUAUCGUUGUCUGGCAACAACUGAUCUGUUGGUUGGUAUUGUUACCCAGCCUCUUUAUGCUACUUAUUGGCUGUCCUUGGUUCACGAACACUGGAGUCUUUGUCGAUACGUAAGGAACGUAGUCAACAUAUCAAGCUUUGCAUUAUGUUCAGUGUCUUUGUUGACGCUGACGGCCAUAAGCGUGGACAGACUUCUCGCUCUAUUGUUAGGAAUAAGACACAGAGCAAUAUUAACUGUAGAGCGAACACGCAUCCUUACAGCUACGUUUUGGGUUAUAUCCGUCGCCUCUGGAUCAUUUUCCGUCACACAUACUCGAAUAAGCAUUUGGUACGCUAUUAUACUUAUACUGUCAUGCUCAGUGAUCUCAAUCGCCUCGUACACAAAGAUUUUUCGCACUCUUAGUCAUUAUCAGGCUGAAGUACAAGAUCAUGCUCAACAACAGCCGAGCCAAACAACUGCACUAAACAUGGAAAGAUACAGGAAGGUAGUGAGCAGUGCACUGUUGAUGCAGUUAGCAUUAGUUGUUUGUUAUGCACCAAAACUUAUAAUUCUGGUUGUGAAGAUUUAUAGAAAAAAAACUUAUUCUUCACAUGUACUCGUUGUUAAUGGAAUUACAAGUAUUUUAACAUAUUUUAACUCCACUUUGAACCCGUUUCUUUACUGCUGGAAAUCAAAGAAGUAAGACAAGAAGUAAAGCAAACAGUCCGACAAGCACUCUGCUUUCCAUGGACUUAGAUAUAUUUUCUCGGAGUCGUCAGACUUGUAUCAAUCAGGCGUAAUCUGAAGGGAAAGAGAAAAAAGAUAGAAUGAAACAGAGGGGAAUUUUUCAGCAUCUAUUGCUUUAGUGUUUACCUAUUUAUGCUGAUAAAUAUCAGAUAAAACCACAGCCAUUGUUAAGUAUUCUAACCCUGUCGGCAAAAACAACAAUUGAAAGGUAGAAUUAAUAUCGCCCAAACGCCGAGAGAUACUAUCUGUUUGACUUUCCUCCGACAUUCUGUAUUCUUGUUGCUUGUUUUCUUGUAAAAUCAGUCGUCGCUGACAGAGAUCAAUGGGGAGUCUAAAAAACGCGGAAAAUUGGCCGUCGCGGUUUCCAAGAUGGCUUUCUUUUUGAGGAUAGAUCGUUUGUCCGAAGGGCAAAAACAGUAAGAUAGAAUUAACACAUAUCGAACAUUCUAAAAUAGAUUUUAAGAUCACAACCAGCUGCCGCUCGAAUGAGACUGAGUAAAAUUUAGGAGGAUGGAAUAAUGAAUAAACAUUGAAAUGGUUUUCUAAGGUUGUGAUGGUUUAGUCAAGUAACAUAUUGCACCUGUCAUGGUUCCUUUUAUAAUUUCUGAUCAGAUGCGACAAGAGGAGGAGAAAUACCUGGGCGAUGUUUCCAAAUGGUAAAACAAAACGUUAAACAUUUUCUUAAAAGUGCUUGACAUCUCGAGCCAUAUGUUAUUCUUCGCGUGGCAUGAACAUUUUGCGGGAGUUUUAUCUAUGUCCGUCUCUACAUGACGGACAUUCCGAAUAAAAAAUGAUUCAUUCGAUUCUCGGUUUCAUCGGUGAAACAUCAGCCUGAGGGCGGAUGUUCUACUGCAAGGACAGAAAGGAAGAAAGAAGGAAUAAAUAAUUUGGUUUCCUUUUUCGUUUUGUUUUAUGUGGAAAGUUUUUGUUGA